CAAGAGUUAUAAUUGUAACCAAAACCAAGUCCAUCAAGACUGUAAACUGUAACGUUGUAUGUCAACCUUAAAAAUGGACGUCAAUGUGUUAAUCGCUCUCUCUGCUGGUUUAGCUAUUAUGAUUGCUAUAAUUACGAUAUUUACUCGUCGGGCAUCAGCCCAAAAGGAAAAUGUAGAAGAAAUUGUAGCACCAAGAGGUCAGCCAGUGAGGCGAGCAGCAGGUGUCAGGAAUGCUAGAAGGAGAAUGCGAGGAGGAGUUGCGGGACCUGUGGAAGCGGUCGAGGAUGAUGGAUCGGACAAUGGGGAUGUAGCAGACAUGGAGGAAAAGGCGGAAUUAGCCGACAGCAAGCUGGGAGCGAAAAAGAGAGCCAAACUUGAGGCAAAAGCUGAGAAAAAGAUUCAUAGGGAGGCAGCGGAACGCGAGAGGGAAGAGCGUAAGAAGAAAGAAAAACUGUUGCAGGAGGAAAGCGACAAACUGAGAGAAAAAGAAAAAGCAGAAGAACUACAGAAAGAAGAAGCAGAGAAAAAAGCAAGGGAAGAAAUAGAGCGGCAGAAACACGAGGAGUACUUGGAAAUGAAAAAAGCUUUCAGCGUGGAGGAAGAAGGUUUCGAUGAGAACGCGGAAGGUGACGAGGAAGAUCUUCUUCAAAAAUUUUUACAAUACAUAAAACAGAACAAAGUCGUAAUUUUGGAAGACCUCGCAGCCCAUUUUGGCAUCAAAACUGCCUCAGUCAUUGAACGAAUCCAAGGAUUACAGGCCAGUGGAAGUCUGACAGGUGUGAUAGACGAUCGAGGGAAAUUCAUUUAUAUUUCUCAAAGCGAACUUGAAGAUGUCGCUAAAUUCGUUCGACAACGCGGAAGAGUCAGUAUUACUGAACUCGCUGAAAAUUCUAAUAGACUCAUCAACCUCAAUCCUGGUACAAAUACCGAAAUCGUCGAGGCCAACUAGAUCUUUUUAUUGAAGAGAAUUGAAAUAUCUGUACUCAUUGAAAAAUAUUUGAAAACUCGAAAAGGUUCAAAAAUUUGAAAACAUUUCGCUUCAUUCUAAAGACAAUUAUCAACGAAAUCUAAAGUAACGAAUCGAAGUUUUGAACAGGCUCGGGCUUCAAGUGUUGUCUUUUCCAGAACUAUGUUUUUUAUAAACUUUUUCCUCACAACUUUGCAAUCUACAGAUAUUGUCAAUAGUUUGAAAAAUUUGAAAAAUCUCACUUCAUGGCUGCUCCAUUUCCAAUAACUCCAAAUCUAUCUCAUAAUAUAAUCGGCUGAAUCGCAGGUACGACGAAAGUAACGAAGAGAUAUUCGAGUAUUCUUCCUCAUUAAAAUAUUCUGUAAAUAAUGAUUUAUUAAGUGUUAAUAAAUAAACGUUAGGAUAUAAAAAAAUUGAUUAAUUUAA